CACGCUGGAGCUCCAAAAGUUUCGUCUGCUUUUCAACUGCAUGGAGUUAUCCUGACUGUGUCACGUGACACGGACACACGCACCAAUGGCGGCGAUCAGCCUUCCGCGCACAGUUUAAAACAUCCGUCCCACCUAUUCCUAGAAUGUCAACAUUGGCAUCUAGCAAUCAGAGCAGCACAAGGUUCUUUAGUGCAUUGCGGCACUUAGCCAGAGAUGUUGAUGAUGGAAUGAGAAAGUUGCAGCAGAGGUUUGAGCCCGGGGGACAGUCAACAACAGAUGGUCAGGGUCAGCAUGUCACUGGAAUGAAGUUAACGCUGGAGUGGAAAAAGGAAAUAGAAGCUUUAAUGAAAUCUGGGCAUGAAGUAUUAAGAGAUAUGAAAGACAAAAGCAAACAGUUUGAAACAAGCCUCCAGAUUAUACAAGAGCUGAUAGAUAUCCAGCAAACUCAGACUGUUCAGAUCCAAAGCUACCUGCAGCAAUAUGGCUACUUGCUACCUACAGAAGAAACAAGCUCAUGUACUGAAGGAAGUGAAACAAAUGCUGAAAAAACUGAGCUGAAUCAGAAUAAUCCUAUUGAAAAAGCUCCACAGCAGUCUAAUGAAAUGUCUCCUCGUCUUGAGGAUUUUGGCAUUAGUAGCUAUACACUCAGCAUGUUAUCACAUCCCAAAGUGGCAGAGCUACAGCAAGAUUUCAAAGUCUCCACAGGCUUUUCACAAAGAUCUCAGAACCAGGGAGCCAAUGUUAAACAUGAUUUUAUACCAACCCCUUUCCAAAACAAGGGGCUGAUGGUUACCCCUAGUCUUUUUCCAGACUGUAAUAACAGCAUUUAUGGUAGAUCAGAGGACUUGACUUGUAGUCCAACCUGCAGCAUAUUCACAAAGAUUGGCCAGACACCUCUGUGUCAUCAAGUGCAGGAGUUGAAGCAUUCCCCUGACAAAAAAAUUUGGCAAAGGCAUUGGAGUUUUCAGACAGUCCAGUUCCUCCUGUUCUACACACCCCUGGAAUAAAGCAGAUACCAUCUAUGAAGGAGUUUAUCUCCGAAUCCAAAGUGAAGCAGAAAAUAAAUGCCGAUUUUUGGUCUGUCCAAGAAGAAUGCCUUAGCCCUGUACCACCUGUUCUAAUGACCCCAGGGAUUGAACAGAUCCCUUCUAUAAAGGAAACUGUUGAGCAACAAAAGGCAUCAUCCAGCUCCCACAAAAGCAAGGUGGCCAGACAGCUGAGGCUGGAGAUGGAUGAUCCAGUGCCACCUAUUCUACAUACCCCAGGAAUCAAGCAGAUUACCCAAGGAAACAACAAUAUGGACAAGCCAGUCACAUCAAGCAUCAGAUACCUGACUUCGAAAGUAAACAACUUCUAUGAAGAUGACUUGGAGAUGCCAAAAUCUCCACAGUUGACAUACAGUCUUAAGGAUCUGGAAGAGAUGACAAUGAGUUUCAAAAACACGAGUUUAACUGACACAUUCACCCACACGUCGGUCAUGGUGGAUGAUGGUAAAAGUCACCUGACAGAUUAUAAAAGUCUACCAACUUAUGAAAAGAGUUGUAAAGCUGAAGCUCCCAACAGACAAAGUAAUAUGAUUUUACCUAGUAUGCCAGAUCUCCAAUCGUCUCGCUUUCUUUUAGAGCCUCCACAAGAACCUGUGUUUGCUAGGUCUGUUAUUGAUCAUAAUGAUUUGCCACCUGAACCUGAAUUUAGGUCUUUUCAAGUGAAUGGAAACCAGCUGGAACACCAUUUCCCUGGUAUUCUGAGCACUAAUCCUGAGAUGUACAUGCAUGAAAAUAGUAAAAGACAUCUCGAGGAGGACAAGAUGGCCAUCAUGACAGAUAAUCGGCCAGUGUAUGCCACUGUUGCAAGUACCCAGAAAUGUGACCAGAAGAAGCGUGGCCCAAGAUCUGUUGCUGAGCGAAGCAGGUUUGGCUUCAGGCCUGAUUGUGGAAAAAUGCUGAACCAGACAGGGUGUCGAAACUAUGAAGCCCAGAACAAGGAAAACAGGGGGGGAGAUGCAGCAGGUUAUAUAAAGCUAAAAGAAGAGGGUAUGAUCUUCGAUAGUGUAAGAAAGACCAGUCACUCUAAACUUACAUCCUCUGACAGUAACAAAGAAAAUCUUGAAAAUCGUUAUAGCUUGCCUACAAAGCCUCUCUUUGGAACAGAGAGAUUCACCAUGCUGACAACAGUGCAGAAGACGAUAAGGCCAUAGCAAAGCCCUUCCAGCUAGAAUUCAUUUGCUUUCUGUGCCUGAAGUCGAGACUUUAUCUUUAAGGAAAUUUAGAGACUUAUAUAUAAACUUUAUCACUGGUAAGUUUUGAAAAUGUAAUGUAUGAAAAUGUUUAAAUAAAAUGAUGUUUGAUAAUGAAA